AUGCGUCUGAUGGAUCAUCACGAUAAUUCACAAGUCCUCAAACGAGACAAUAGCAAUGACUCAAGUCCAAUACCAACACCAUCGCCACCACCAAAUAAUCUACGUGUGAAUAGUGUUGUACGUUUAACAACUAUUUUUGAUGAUGUUCGAACUGGAAAAGUUGUAGCAUUUGAUAAUGGAUCAAAUAUGGUUACAUUACAUAUGAAUGGCACAAAACCGGGCUUAACAACUAUUGCAGUUGUUAACCUGAUUCAUUGUCGGGAAUGGGCUGUUGUCAAAGAACCUAAUGAUGAAACACUUGAACCACUUUUUCCAAUUGAUAUAAAUAAAUUGAAAAAACGCCAAACAGAAAAUGAAGCUGAAAAGAAGAAAGAAGCAUCAUUUAUUAAUUUAAAGGCCAGUCGUACUGGUCAAGCACUUUUUCGAGAUAUCAAAAAAACAAUGAAUCAAGUUAUUCGUUGGUCAAAUAAUGAUAUUCUUAUCAACAAUACUGUUCGAAUUGUUGACCCAUAUCGUGCAGAAAAUGUCUCAAUUGAUCCUCCAACACAACCAAUAAAUGCUGCGAAUCAGAAAACAUCAGCCAAAGGAGAUAAUGAUACAAAAACGCAUAUUAUUAAAUUGGUGGACAAAUUCUGGUCGGAUCAAACGAAACUGGCUUCAAAUACUGAUUCUAAUUCAACAACAAGAACUAAAUCAGGCAAUUCGAGUAAAACAACGGAUUCAACAUCAACAAGUUGA